AUGGAGCAAUACGCUAUUGUGGAAUUCAGUGAUGGACUACAAAUGAUACCUUCUUGUUGGAUAACGGAAGAUAAGAAGCAUGAAUAUUGGCCACCAUUCUCCAGCAAUAAAAAAUUUAGAAAAUCGAUACAAAAAUGUAUUUCAAAAAUGGAAAAUUGGCCACUGCAUGAGAUAAAAAAACUUUGGGCAACUGCAGAUACAUAUCAUAAAGGUAUGAAAAAGUUAAAGAAAGUAGAAUUUAUAUCGGAUGUUAAUUCAGAAAGCGAAGAUUAUGAAAUUUCCAAGAAAGAGAGAAAGAAUAGAGCGAAGACUAUUAUGAGUAGUGAAGAAAGCUUCAACGAAGACGAAAAAUGUGUUCGUUUACCGUCUUAUCCAAAACUUCCACAAAGAAAAAAUCUUACUUAUUCUGAAAAUAAAACUAAAACAUAUAAAACAACAUAUAAAAGCAAAAACAUAUUAAAGCAGAUGGAUUGUGAAAAUAAUAACACUCAAGCAAUAAAUGUGUCAAGACAUUCAAAUAUUGAAAAAGUUAAUACGGGUAAGAAAUUUAUACGCACGCAUGCAUCACACACACACAUAUCACACACACGCACACACACUGCAGUUUCAUGUUCUAAUAACCAAAUUAUACGAAUGGAUGCCUUUAGGACUCCCGAUGGGACGUCCACAGGAUGUCCAUAG